AUGACAUUUCUAAGGGUUUUGAAGAUCAUUCAGGGGAGAAAGUUCCAUGGAAAAUAGUGACCAAAUAUUAUACAGCACAAGUAGAAUUUUGGAUUGAUGAAACUGUACAAAAAGAUUUAGUAGACACUGAAGUGAUCAAAGGAUAUGAGAAUGAAGAAAACGGCAUUGGUAAUGUUGUUGAUGCGGUUUUAUUUGUAUUUAGAAAAGAUCAGCCAUCGACAUUCGAUGAUAUCCACGCGUAUCUACCAUUUAUACGAACAUAUGAGCCGUCGAUAAUUCUUGCAAUCGGUACGGGCAAGAACGAUACAAAUGAUAAUGUAAAUAGAUUACAUGUGAGUGAAGAUACGUUCGAGAGUUGGUGUUUAGAGAACGGAUUCGAAUAUGUCGACGCGGAAGAAGAAGAGCGAGAAGAAAAUGAUGUAAAAGAACGUGUCGGCCUAAAUCGAGUUCUGGAAGCUUUGCAAUCAAAUAUGUGGGAAGGAAUGGUUCGCGAACCUCUCAAUGAUAAUGAUUCACAUUUGAAGCUUGACCAAAAAGAUGACAAAGAUGAUCUGAUGUCGCAAUUACAUGACCACAAUUCUGCACCCUUUGAUAACGAGGAUGAUGAAUUCUUCAAAGAUGUAUUGCCUUCUCAAAAAGAAAUAGAAUCUAUGUAUAACCACAUUUUUGGUGAUUUUGACGACGAAGAUGGACUAGACAAAGUUCUAACUAGAUUGAAUUCUUUGAGAG